CAGGGGUUGGCACAACGGGCAGAAGGGCUGUGGUAUACGUCGGAGGCGGACGAGCCGUGGGAGGUGGUGGCAUUGGUGUGGGAUGGGAAGGGGGGGUUGGAUGAAGGUGGGUGACGUGAUUUGAUGCCUUGCGAUGCUACUAUUACUUAUACUGCCCUUUGCUCUGGGAGAUACCCCUACUUCGCAUGGGUGGUUCGAUCGAUCACUCUACUCUCCUCGUUUCUACCCGUCUCCCCAGCAUCCUCUCAUCCCUCUUCCAAACCUCACUAAUCCCAUCCUAGCCUCCUUCGCCACCCUCAUCGACAACCCCACCACCACUGCCCUUACGCGCGCCGAAUUCGACCCCACGAACCAGUACGCGCCGGUGUUCGACGCGGUGCAGCAAGCGGCCGGCAGCGGAGCAGAGAUCAAGAUCUUUCGGGCAGAGAUGGAUGCGGGAGGGAGGAGGGCGGAGUAUUUUGUGGUAGGGUGGGAUGGGGAGGGUGGGAAGGUGGUGGGGUUGAGGGCGGUGGGGGUUGAGACAUAAGGGGAUGGGGUUGGUGUGUAUACUGCUGGUUAACUCAACUGUGGUAUGUGGCGGAUCUAUUAUGAUUGUUCGUGUGGUCACUGGACGUCCUCGUUAUCGCUGGGUGGAUGAAGUGCAAUGUAUACUGUGCACAGCAUUCUUGCGAAAUGAUGCCAAGACUUUGGAUGCCGUGUCACGUGUGCGGGACCAUCCAGGUAACCAGGGGUCAAGGGAUCCUCCCGUCCGUAUUCGCAAUUCGCUCUGCAGGUGCCAGGUUCAGGCUCUGCUGUAUACGAGGUAUACCAUCAUCGUAGAUAUCCCGAGUCUGUAGAUAUAUCGAUCAUGUCGGAAUUUGAAUGAAUGAGAGACCCAGCGGUUUUAAAGACGAACGGUCAU